AUGGGUGUUGCGGCCCUGAGCGGCCACCAGCGACUACGUGCGGCCGCCAGCGGCUACCUGCGGCCACCAGCGACUACGUGCGGCCGCCAGCGGCUACCUGCGGCCACCAGCGGCCGCCAGUGGCCACCUGCGGCCACCAGCGACUACGUGCGGCCGCCAGCGGCUACCUGCGGCCACCAGCGGCCACCAGCGGCCGCCAGUGGCCACCAGCGACUACGUGCGGCCGCCAGCGGCCACCAGCGGCCGCCAGUGGCCACCUGCGGCCGCCAGUGGCCACCUGCGGCCGCCAGUGGCCACCUGCGGCCACCAGCGGGCCACCUGGGGCCACCAGCAGCUCUCAGCGGCCACCAGCGGCCCUCAGUGGGCCUCAGCGACCCUCAGCGGGCCUCAGCGACCCUCAGCGGCCACCACCGGCCACCACCGGCCACCUGCGGCCACCACCGGCCCUCAGCGGCCACCACCGGCCCUCAGCGGCCCCAGCGGCCACCAGCAAGGACCGUUAGCAAGGAGACCCACGACCUCAAUGAGAGCCCUUGGUACUUCGCGGCCCUUGUCACUAGCCCUGAGCUCCUCGCAGCCCUUAGUUCUUCGCGACCCUUAUCACUAGCUAGCCCUGAGCUCCUCGCAGCCCUCAGCACUUCGCAGCCCUCAGCACUUCGCAGCCCUCAGCACUUCGCAGCCCUCAGCAUUUCGCGGCCUUCAGCACUUCGCGGCCUUCGGCACUUCGCGGCUUUCAGCACUUCGCGGUCCUUAGCGCCGAACGCCCAAAUUCCCAGCGCCAAUUAG